GUUCCAUUAACCACUUUUUGUGUCAUGAGAUGAAUGCAACAAUGGCAAUGCAGAUUCUCAACCUUGGCAACAAUUCUUUAUCUGGAGAAUUACCAAACUGUUGGACCAAGUGGCCAUCUCUGAAUAUCGUCAUAUUAUCUAGUAAUAGAUUUUCUGGUGAAAUUCCAAGUUCAGUUGGAACUUUAAGAGACCUCAAGUCAUUGCAUCUUCAGAAAAAUAACCUUUCAGGAGAAAUACCUUCUUUUCUAAGAAAUUGCAUCAAGUUGCAAGUACUUGAUCUCAGUGAAAAUGAAUUAGAUGGGAACAUCCCUCGAUGGAUUGGUAUUAGCCUUACAAAGUUGAUAAUCUUGAGCCUUCGUUCAAACAAGUUUCGGGGACACAUAUCACACAAGUUAUGUGCACUCAGUUCCCUUCAAAUCUUGGAUUUUGCUCAUAACAAUCUUUCAGGAAGCAUUCCAAGGUGUGUUGGUAAUUUAAGUGCCAUGGAACAUUCUUUGGAGGACAGCCCCUUCCAGUUAAAUGUCUCUGCCGGGAAUGGCUAUCUUUUGGAGCAUGAAUUUGUUAUGAUGAAAGGUCAGUUGCUUGAAUACAGUAGGAUCCUUUACUUGGUGAAAGUUAUGGAUUUUUCAAGUAACAAUUUAUCAGGGGAGAUUCCUACAGAAAUGACUAAUCUGAAAGAUUUGCCAUCACUCAAUUUAUCCUACAAUUUUUUAACCGGACGGAUCCCUGCAAACAUGGGUAACAUGAGAAUGUUAGAAUCACUUGACCUCUCAGUAAAUGAAUUGUCCGGUCCAAUCCCUGAAAGCAUGUCAAGUUUGACGUUUCUGAGUUACCUAAACAUGUCUGAUAACCAACUGAGCGGGAAAAUUCCAACAAGUACUCAGUUGCAGAGCUUCAAUGCAUCUAGCUAUUCUGGCAAUAAACUUUGUGGCCUUCCACUAAUGGAUAAAUGCAGUGCAGUUGGUACAGAACCUAGCAGCAUUCAAACUAGUGGUGGAAGAGGUGAAGGUCAUGGAGAGGAAAUAAAUUGGUUCUUUGUGAGCAUGGCACUUGGAUUUAUCAUGGGAUUCUGGAGUUUUUUGGGUCCUUUGGUGAUUAACAGGCACUGGAGGUGCAGAUAUUACCGGUUUCUUGAUGAAAUGUGGUGGAAAAUCAGUGAUUUUCUAUGCAAAUAUUGUUUCUAAAAGCUUAAUGUAUCUGUUUGAGCGUAUUAGUUUCAUGAGUUUAUGUUAAUCAGAAAGUUUCAUCUCAUAUUUUCCCUCUUAGUUGUGUAAUCAAUUAGUAUUACAUCAGUUCUGUAAUUACAAAUAAUGCUCAUUUAUUGCU